AUGUCAGCUAGACAGUUUGAUAACGUGGACAAUUUCAUUGCAACCAUUAGUGAUAGCGAAGAGGAUGUGCCAGAUUUGGAAGCUUCCGAGGAUGAAUUGGAUAUAGGCAACGAAACUAAACGUGCUAGCACGAAAGUCUCGAGGGAUGUGACGAAGGAAGAAGACACAGAUUUGAAUCCAGACUUUGUAUUUGACCUUGAGGGCUCUGAACUAAAUCAUAAAUUUGAAGGAUGGGACUUUGGUGGCGACAAGGAUGUUGAAAGGGCCAAAAAUGUGGAUUUGGACGGUAUAAUUAAGAGAAAAGGUGGGUUAGCUGAAAUGGCAGCUGUGGAUCAGGAAUAUGAGGAAUCGGACGAAUCAAAUGCUGAGGAUGGCCUUGAUGAAGAUGCGCCCAAAAGUGAUGAAGUGGAUGGAAACAUGGCAAUGGAGAGUGCUGAUGAACCUUCUGAAGAUAACGAAGAAGACACUGACGAGGAAACCGCGGAGCAAAAAUCUGAAUUUUAUGCGCCCGAGGAAGAAAGUUUCAGCGCUAAGAAGACCGUUCACGAAACUUUCAACUCUUUGUCGUUGUCAAGGCCUGUUAUCAAAGGACUGGCAGCAUUGGGAUAUGCGAAACCAUCCCCCAUUCAAGGCGCUGUCGUUCCAAUAGCGCUUCUCGGAAAGGACGUCAUUGCUGGUGCCGUCACCGGUUCUGGUAAGACUGCUGCUUUUAUGAUCCCCAUUAUUGAACGUCUCUUAUACAAACCUGCGAACAUUGCCUCGACACGUGUUAUAGUUCUUACACCCACGAGAGAACUGGCUAUGCAAGUCGCAGAUGUUGGAGGGAAAAUUGGUCGUUUUGCCGGUAGUCUAAGCUUUGGUCUGGCUGUUGGUGGAUUAAACUUGAGGCAACAAGAACAAGCUCUAAAAUUAAGACCUGAUAUAGUCAUUGCCACCCCAGGUAGAUUAAUCGAUCAUAUCAGAAAUUCGCCGAGCUUUACCGUUGAAUCAGUCGAAAUACUUGUCAUUGACGAAGCGGACAGAAUGCUGGAAGAAGGGUUCCAAGACGAAUUGAGCGAAAUCAUGUCUUUGAUUCCAACCAAAAGACAAACAUUACUAUUUUCCGCCACCAUGAAUGCCAGGAUCAAUCAGUUAGUUUCUCUUUCGUUGAAAAAACCCGUCAAAAUUAUGCUCGAUCCACCAAAAAAGGCAGCAGCUCGACUAACUCAAGAGUUCGUUAGGAUUCGUAAGAAGGAUGGCUUGAAGCCGGCUCUACUAUACCAUCUUUUGAGAAAAAUGGAUGGGUCCCAGCAGAAAAGGAUAGUCGUCUUUGUUUCUAGAAAGGAAGCCGCGCAUAAAUUGAGAAUUAUCCUCGGUCUCUUGGGUAUGAAAGCAGGCGAAUUGCAUGGUUCACUUUCGCAAGAGCAGCGUAUUCAGUCAGUCAAUUCCUUCAAAGCACUUGAGAUUCCGGUUUUAAUCUGUACCGAUCUUGCUUCGAGAGGUCUUGAUAUUCCUAAGAUCGAAGUCGUCAUCAACUAUGACAUGCCAAAGACAUACGAAAUUUAUCUGCAUAGAGUAGGACGCACAGCCAGAGCCGGUAGAGAAGGUCGGUCUGUCUCGUUUGUUGGUGAAGCGGCGCAGGAGAGGGUUAUUGUUAAGAGCGCGAUCAAAGCCGCCGAGGAAGAUAAGAAUCCUGGUAGCGUUGUGGGUAGAUUUAUUGACUGGAAGGUGGUCGAGGAUUUGAAUAAACUAGUUGAGUCGAAGACCGAUGUCAUUGAAGAGAUUUUAGACGAGGAAAAACAAGAGAAGGAGAUUUUGAGGGCAGAAUUAGAGCUGCAAAAGGGUGAAAACUUAAUAAAGCAUAAGAAAGAAAUCCAAUCCAGGCCGAAAAGAACUUGGUUUCAAAGCGAGGCAGAAAAAUCGAAUUCCCGCACUCUUCUUGCCUUUGCUAAACAGAAAAAAGGGCCUAACAGUAAGAAGAGGAAAAGAACUGAAGCCUUAGAAGACUCUGCUUCUAGAGGCUAUAAAAAGACUCAAAAAGAUCGUGUAACAGAUCAGGAAAAAUCGUUUGCCAAAAAGGGCCAGAAGAAUAAAGGUAAGGGCAAGAAGGGCCGGAAAUAG